UAUAGGAGCGACUUCUUUUCAUCCUUCCGGAUAUUUUUGUAAACAAACUCAAAUUCGUCAAAAUGUUUAGUCAAAAAGAUACCUCCAAGAAGUCCGAACUCUUGGACAAGGCGAAAUCCUCUCGUACUGAGCGUGCUCUCCUUCGGAAGAAAGAGCAAUCUGUGGUCAGGAUACAGUCUCUUGUGCGAGGUUUUGUAUGCCGGAGGAGAUACAAGAGAGCCAUGUUACAGGAUAUUGACAAGAUUCUGGAUGCAAACCCUGGUAGCCCAGACAAUCCUGAUGCAAUCACACACUUUUUUCCAGCUGCUGAAGUUUAUACUGCUAUCAAGAGGUUCCUUUACAUAUAUGAUGAGAAGAAAGAUUUAAAGAGAUUUGAAAAAAUCUGCAGAUACCUGACUGCUAGUAUGGAAUCAAGUAAAGAUGCAAAGGUGUGGUAUGUUUCACUGGCUCUUACCAAAGAAUAUGUGUUACCGUGGAUUCAGCAACUCAAACAGAUACUAUGGCUCUGUGCAUCACAACUCAAGAAACUUAAGCCUGACUUGCCAAUUGCUGCCAAGAGCAUAGCCCUUCACCUUCACAUGCUCAUCACAUUCACAGAUACUGCUACAUGGAAGAUAUUUCAGAUACCAAAAGCUGAUGCCUUACGAGCCAGUAUGGGACAGAUCUGUUCUAAUGUCAUGGGCCAUCUUGUUGCCAAGGGACUGUAUCCUGUCAUCCAUACAUUGCUCAAGGAGGGCCUGACAAAGCGACAGCCUGCUCUGUCUCCGACAAUCCUUAACGCGACCAUGGUGGUAGCGUGGAGGCCUCUUGUAGCUGGGAAUUUCUCUUCCAAUCUACUCUGUAUCUUUAUCUCUCAUGUUCUCCCUGUGCCUGGCUUGUUCAGCCAUCUUUCUGUAGCUAAAGCAGAAACGCUGACAGCGAUGAAGAACAGUGCCCUCUUGCCUCAUUGCCUGAAGUACCUCAGCACAGAAGGAGGAUGCAGGUCUAUCCUGUCCAUGGUGGACGCUACUUAUUCUCUCUGUCUUCUUGCAAACAUGGUCCAUCUAGCUCAUCUUGAUAAUGAAAGCCUGAUUAAUAAUCUACAGAUAUUCAUGAAUGUGACAACCACGUUAUUGAACCACUGCCAGGCGUUUGUUGGAAAGAAGAAGUCGAACACCACAUCAUGGCAUCCUGUGUUAGGAUGGUUCUCACAGCCGUUUGAUAACAGGUUACAGGAGGCCAUGGGCUUUGUGACGCAGCAGUUGCAGCAUCUGUGGGGUCAGACCAUACUUCAGACUUGCGUUCUGGGUGUGCUCAAAGGACCUCAACCAGAAGAGGUCUCCAGCCAUUUAGAUGGCAAGACUCCAAAUAAAGGUGGCAAUAUUCUGAAGAAAUUGCAGCGCAUGACAUCAAAGCUGGGAAAUCAAAAGUCAUGCAAGAGCCUUAGCUCACAGGAAGUGAUCAUUGUGUGUUCGUUGUGUUCCAUGUAUCAGACUGCUCUCAGUACAUUGACCGAACUCAGGAGAGAUAUACUAACUGGCCUGAGUUAUCGGGACCUGCUCCUGCCUAGGCUGUGGAGAUUCAUAGCAGAACUAGGUCCUCAUGGUGGUCUCAGAGUGUUCCAGGACUGUUUGGCUAGUAGUCCAUCAGACCAGCAGUCUAUUCUCUCUGUGCUAAUGCUCUUCUGUGAUAGUGCCAGCUACCUCAUUGCAAUCUUGGAUGAUGGAGAGUUUUACGAUCAACAGAUUCCAUUUCAUCCUGAAGAUCUUCUAGCAGUGUCUUCAUUUCUCAACCUUUUCGUUUUCAAAGUCAUUUGGGAGCACAAUUUGGAUGAAAAUCCUAAGCUGCAGAGUCUAUUCAGCUCAACUCACACCCUACUAAUGUUGCUCUAUGAUAAAGAUUGUAGAAGGCAAUUUGCUCCUUCCUCACAUUGGCUUGUCAAGGACCUGAAGAUGAGCUCGUUCAAGUCCGAACUGGAGAAAAGCUCAAAGAGAGCAGAUCUCAUCCUUCAAAAAAUACCUCACGUCAUUCCACACAGAGAGAGAGUGAUAUUAUUCAGAAAACGAGUGAGCGAUGAGAAGAAGACUCUAGGUUAUACAGAAUCCCCAAUGUCACAGCCGCACUCGACAUACAUCACAGUACAUAGAAAUAGGCUUGUUGAGGAUGGGUAUCAGCAGCUUGCAUCAGUGCCAUCUCAGUCCCUCAAAGGCUGUAUCAGAGUCAACUUCAUCAAUGAACAGGGUCUUGAUGAAGCUGGCAUUGAUCAGGAUGGUGUCUUCAAAGAGUUUUUGGAAGAAACUAUCAAGACUGUCUUCAACCCUUCCUUAAACCUGUUCAAGACUACAGCAGAGCAAAGAUUAUACCCCAGCCCGACAUCAUACAUCAAUGAAAAUCAUCUUCCUCUCUUUGAGUUUGUGGGCAAGAUGCUCGGUAAAGCUGUCUAUGAGGGUAUUGUGGUGGAGGUGCCGUUUGCUCACUUCUUUCUGAGUCAGAUCUUGGAUCACAAUCACAGUACUCUCUACAGUCCCAUCGAUGAACUGCCCUCGCUUGACAAGGAACUCUACAAGAAUCUCACGUUUGUCAAGCAUUAUGAUGGUGACGUGGCUGAUUUAGAUCUUGGGUUUUCAUUAGAUGAAGACUUCAUGGGGAAGCUUGUCACUCAUGAAUUGAUUCCAGGUGGGAAGGCCAUUACAGUCAACAACCAAAACAAGAUCAAGUACAUCCAUCUGAUGGCUCACUUUCGCAUGUGCCAUCAGAUCCGGGAUCAGACCCGUGCCUUCAAGCGAGGAUUCCUCUCCCUCAUCAACCCCCAAUGGUUAGCUUGGUUCUCUGGUCCGGAAGUCCAGAGACUCAUCUCAGGAGAUGUAAACGCCCUGGACUUGAGCGAUCUCAGGAAACACACACAGUACUAUGGAGGUUUUCAUAAUUCCCACAGAGUGAUCAACUGGCUUUUUGAUAUCCUCAGCAAUGACUUUAACAUCCAGGAGAGGGGGCUCUUUCUCAAGUUUGUGACAAGUUGUUCUAAAGCUCCUCUGCUUGGAUUUGCUCAUUUGGAACCACCAUUCUCAAUAAGAUGUGUGGAAGUCAGUGAUGAUCAGGACACUGGGGAUACAGUCGGAAGCGUUCUGCGUGGCUUUUUACGCAUCCAGCGGCGCGACCCUGUCAGCCGCCUGCCGACCUCAUCGACGUGCUUCAAUCUCCUCAAGCUACCAAACUAUCAAAAGAAGAGCACGCUGAAAGAGAAGCUGCGUUAUGCAAUCACCAGCAAUACAGGAUUUGAGUUAUCAUAGCAUUGUUACAAUGACACUUACUUUACUUGUCCACGAUGCUGGAGGCUUGAGUGCCUGUUCAUCGAUCGUAGUAUCUCCUCUGGUGGUAGUACCGUAUCCAUGACAUUGAGCAAAUAAAAGACUUAACACGAGAAAGGACUGUCAGGAGUGUACAGAAGGUAAAUUGUUGAUUGCUUGGAAUCCGCUUUGUCUACAUCCUGGUUGGUCUGGGCCCCGUCUUACAAAGAGUUGUGAUCGAUAGGAUCAAUCACAACUAUGGACGGCCAGCAACGUCAA